ACGAGUAAAGCCGGCGUCGCCGGCGUCACCUUCUGCAAUUCACAACGUGACGCUGACCGCGUUGACGGCGGCUGCUGCUGGCCGUCAAUGGGGAAGUCCGAACAAUCCCGUCUGUGCUUGGCGAGUUCGACAAACUUUCCCGGGUUCCUGAGUUGAGACGCAGCGCUCCCGUAGCGCUUUACCGAGAUGCAAGAACCGAAGGCGGGAUGACCGUGGUCUCCUAGGCAAACCGCAGGUGGCGGGCGUCUUGCCUCAGAAGGUCGGUAUGGAUGGAGACUUUUCUGAAGCUGAAGACACCAGCAGCUCUUCAACAGAGUCUAGCCAUCACAACUACAAGGUAUUGGAAAGACGAAUCUACCGUCAUAACACAGCUCGAAGGCGGGGAAGACAUUUGAGAAACAAAGAAACUCGAUCUACGGAGGAUGCUCGGACGUGUUUGUUGAACCAGCAAGCUUUCGCUGGCAUAUUUGCUUCCAGAAACAUGGGUUUGAAAUCAGUAGACCGACCACCCACUCCGAGUCUGUUUGGGAAUCCUGCCAUGUCCCUGGUGAGCGUGCUUGGCGAUCCGUCAGUGAAUGUAGAACAGUUUGUCCGUCCAGCAAGUUGCAGAGUGGGAAGCGCUGCAAACUUCUCACCGUGCCCUGUCAAGGCAGCAGCGGCGGCGGGUGCAGCCAGCCCCGUGCCCCUCAAGGGCGUCUCGGGUGAACCCAGGGCCGAACGGAGGCCCACACCCCGGCUAAGCUCGCCGACGGCCGAGCGACAUCUCGCUUCCCUGCUGCAGCAGUUGCGCCGCGAAAGGUCAAAUCACCUGAUUCAUCUUCAGCAGUGCCACAAGUCCCACUCUUGGCAGCAGCCUCAGAAAUCUGAUUUGGGCCUAGCUUUUGAGAAAACAGGAGUUUCUGAACCUAAGGUUUACAGCAGCUAUGUCUCUGCCUCUUCACCCGGAAAGUUGCCAAAGUGCUUCACAAGCAGCUUUCUACUUGAGAAGGGAAAUGAAUUGCGCCACUGCACUAGUUCGCUUCCUACAGAAGUAACAAUGGCAAAUUCUUCACAUUUUCUACAUGGACAGGCCCUGCCACAGUCUCCAACUGAAGUCGGCCCACCACUAAGAAACGGAAUGGGGCUUUCUACUGAAGAACAUGUUGGCAUUUCUUUCUGCCAAGAUGACUGGGCAGAGGACCAAGUCCUCUGGAGAAGCCUUCCAACUACCAUGGGUGUCGGUGGAGUUACAGAUCCCUCCCACUUCUUUGAAGACGAGUUUGGAGGUGGUGCCAGCCUUGGUGUUGGAAUGAGUGCUAGCUACUAUGGGGGCCGGAGGUCGCACUCCCAUCGCCUCAGUUCAAAGGUGGAGAUGGUGUACUCGUUACUGUCCAUGUUGGGAACCCACGAUAAAGACGACCUUAGCAGAACGCUGCUCACCAUGUCAGGCUCCCAAGAAAGCUGCAUAGCCAUGAGGCAGUCUGGCUGCCUCCCGCUGCUGAUCCAGCUGCUGCAUGGGGCCACUGAGAAGGAGGCCUCCUCCCCGACAGAGGAGAGUGCAGAGGAGCAGCGCCGGGUAAUGCGGGAGCUGCGGCUGCGUGCCAGCCAGGCCCUGCACAACGUGGUUCACGCACACCCGGACGACAAGCACAGCCGCCGGGAGGCAAGGGUGCUGCGGCUGCUCGAGCAGAUACGCGACUUCUGCGACUACCUGCGGGACAUCGAGGCCUGCAUCGCCGAGUCCAACCAGAACGAGACUGGUGACCAGCAUCCUGGCCCUGCCAUUGCUGCUCUAAUGAAGCUUUCCUUUGAUGAGGAGCACAGGCAUGCCAUGUGCCAGCUGGGUGGACUUCAGGCGAUAGCAGAGCUGAUCCAGGUAGACCAGAACAGCCAUGGGAACACUGGCGACGCUGCUUGCGUCACCCUACGUCGUUACGCCGGCAUGGCGCUCACCAACCUGACGUUCGGCGAUGGGACCAACAAAGCGCUACUCUGCUCCAUGAAGGGCUUCAUGAGAGCCCUCGUAUCCCAACUUCAUUCGCCCAGCGAGGACCUGAGACAGGUGACGGCAAGCGUUCUGCGGAACCUCUCCUGGAGGGCAGACUCGUCAAGUCGGGAGACGCUACGAGAAGUGGGCGCAGUGGCCCUGCUUAUGAGGGCAUCCAUGGAGGCCAACAAAGAGGCAACACUCAAGAGCAUCCUUUCUGCACUCUGGAAUCUCUCUGCGCACUGUACAGCCAACAAGGUGGACAUCUGCAAUGUCGAGGGUGCACUGGCAUUCCUCGUAAGCACGCUCACCUACCGGAGUCAGUCCAAGACCCUGGCCAUCGUCGAGAAUGGCGGCGGAAUUCUCCGCAACGUGUCCAGCUACAUUGCGCUGCAGGAGGAGCAUCGGCAGACCCUGCGCAACUACAACUGCCUCCAGGUCCUGCUGCAGCAGCUCAAGUCCCCCAGCCUGACUGUGGUGAGCAACGCCUGUGGCACACUCUGGAACCUUUCUGCCCACUGCCCCCAGGACCAGCGCAGCCUCUGGGAGAUGGGAGCGGUGGCCAUGCUACGCAACCUUAUCCACUCCAAGCACAAGAUGAUUUCCAUGGGCAGCUCCGCAGCACUCAAGAACCUCCUCUCGGCCGGUGCGGAGCUCAAGCUGACCGACUGCGACGGCCGCAACAACAACAAUGACGACGAAGAUCGCAACGGAAACGACAACCUCCCGUCUCUGGCGGUGCGCAAGCGGAAGGCCUUGGAGACCGAGCUGGACGCAAGCCUUUCCGAGACGUGCGACAACAUUGACAGUCCGCGCGCGAGCCCGACGGGAGAGCCCCGCUUUGCGUUUGGGUUCCAGCCCGAGUUGCUGGAACGCUUUCAGACGUACCUUCCUGGCAGGAUGUACCACAGCGUAGCCGGGGAACGGGUGCCUCGCUCGGACAGCCGGGACAGCAUCGGCAGCACGCAUUCGGAGCCGAGCCACCUGAGGCCCCCCCAGUCCGUCUUCUCGAGGCAGCGCAGAAGGGGAAGGCACUUGUUCGAGCGGUAUGGGCACGGCCGAGAGCUCGGCAACCUGAACCUGACGCUGGCCAAUUCGACCUCUCACCGUUUGGUGGAGGAAGACGCAGAGGUAGUCAAUGGGAACGAGAUGGAAGUACCAGUGGGUCAUGCGCUGCGCAUCUCCGAGGUCUCCGGAGCCUUCGGCAAGUACGGGCCUCGAACAAGCGAAGACCACCUCCGAGACCAUGGCGUGUUGUGCUUGGCCGGAUUCGAGGAAGAGGACGAGACAGCAGACUGCUCGUCGUUUCCUGUCAACCCGACCUCUGGGGGGCCAAAUCGCUUUUACCACUUCGACCGGACUGGCAGUAGGUCCCCCGAACGGGGUCCCCAUCUAGUGACUGAUAUGCGGCAGGUGUUUCAGCGACCACAGAGCCCAGAGUCUUCACUGAGGGGACUACGUGUGCAGUGCGCCAGUGAUACGGUGAUUCUGACAGAUUUAGGAAGCUUGGAGGACAUCCCCGACAUGGUGGGUCAGCAAAUUGCCGAGAAGCACAAGGAAGCACCAGGGGUCGACGAGAAAGAAGAAGAUGAGUGUCUCUCUGAAUCCGAUCUCUUCUCUCCUACUCGCCGAAACCACAAGGAGCCAACGGAAGCCGAUCGGCCGCAGGGCAGCACACCGAGAGAUGGGGUCCAGGGCAGCAAUUCAAACAGCAUGACUGGCUCCCUCAGAAGCAGUGGCAUUCCCAUAAAGGCUGGUAUUCCUAGGCCUUCAAAAGAAGAAUCUGUCGCACCACCUCGAAUCGCCAAAGCCAUCAACAACACAAUGAAGAAACCAUCACAAGAGUCAAGCCUUGAAGCCAAGUCUGUUGCUGGCCGCCCUAAUCCUUUUUCGCGAGCUGCUGGUGACAUGAGUAGCAUCACGUCUGACAGGCCGAGGUCCCCUCCCCCUGUUCCCCCACACCAAAGUGCUCACCAAAUUCAGCAGGGUUCUACACUGUCGCAGCUGUCGCUGUUGACCAAGAGCGAUUGUGCUCAGGAGCAGCAGCAGCAGCAGCAGCAGCAGCAGCAGCAGCAGCAGCAGCAGCAGCAGCAGCAGCAGAUACAGCAACAGCAAAGACGUAGGCAUGGAUCUGGCCAAGAUUCUGCUCCAUCACAGCAACAUGGCACUGCUGGUAACGCCGCCAAGCGGCCCACGGGUCACUGCUGUGGUUUUGGGCACUCUGCACCGAGCCCCUCCUUGCACGAAUACAUUUAUGGGAAGAAGAAGGGCGGUGCCAGGCCUCCGGUGGCCGCCAAACCUGUGCAGCUUCAGCAGCAGGCGGUUCCUGUACCUCAGCCUCGGCCAGCGGACGACCCUUCUGAACCUCAUCUUUGUGAUUCUGCUAACAGUCUUCCAGGUUGCUCUGCAGUCACAAGGAUUCUACAGCCAGGCCAUCUCAGUUUUGUAGCACCAUCUCAGCCUUCAAAGUCCAACUUACCCCUUGCACAACUUCCACCAGAACAGGAAGCCUCCUCUGAUCCCCAAGCAGAAGCACCUGUUGUCCAGGACUUUCAAACUGGAACAUCAGCAGGUAGCACAGGUGGAGGACACUUGAACCAGUCCAGUGCUUGCCUGCCCCCUGAACUUAGCCUGUCAAUAAGAGAAAAAAUUGAAAAGUUCAACAAAGCUCAGAAGGGUUCCUGCCUCCCUCAGAAGAGGACCCCUGGAGCACUCCAGCAAAGUAAGACCAGGAAGACAGAGUCCAACUUGGGCAUGGCGAGUUCCAGGCUUCGAAAUGACAGAAUUGUUGACGAGGAAAAGGGUAAGGAGGACGAGAAGGCUCAAGAAAAGUCCAAGUGCGACAUUGCCUGUCUUGCUGUGGGAGAAACAGAGCAGGCAAGUAUGACAGAGAGCUGCCUAACAGGGACUUCUUCGUCCAGUACCACAACUUCUACCACAACCUCAUCCACAUUAAAAGUGAGUCAAGUACAUCCCUCUCAGGCUGGGACAAGUGGCACCUUGUAUGCUGUAUCUCGGCUUUUUGAUGAGGAAGUUCCAGCUGUCACCCUGAAUGCGGGCAAUGCUGCCUUAGAAGCAAGAGCGGUGAAGCCAGAAAUUGAGGAUGAGAUGAUGCAGAGCACUGUCAGCCUGAUGUCUGAUUUGGAAUGUGCCAAACCACCAUCUCUUAUGGGAGACCUGCUGUCUAUGAGCAUGACAAGCAGUGGCCUAUCUGAAGAUGUCUCUUCUAAUGGGAAGAAUGGAAAGGUUCCGAGAAGAAAGCGUGUUCCAGAAACGGUGCGCCGUGCUUUGGGUGGCUCAUUGGGAUCUCCUUACAGUGAUUCUGAGUUGCUUGAGCUUGUAGGUCCGCCAUCAGCCAUGGGGUCGAUAGAAAAUUUAAGCAUCAUGAGCCAAAAUGGGAAUUCAGAAGAGCUAGACAAUGUCAACCCCCCAUCAACAAUGGAUGACAUUUCACUCAGUGGGAGCUGCAUGAGUCUAAACAGCAUUCCAAGCGACGACGACGAUGCUAACAGCCAGUCUAGUCCACUUGCUCCAGAACCCAGCGUGAGCAAAGUGAAGCGAGGGAGUGAUAUCUCGGAGAGGUUGAAUUCAGCUGCCAAUAUGGCUCAGGUGUACUCCAGGGAGCUCAACACUCUUAUGAAUGGUAGCACGAAGAGCAGCAGCGGUACCUCAGAAAUGCUUGAGCAUGUGCAACCCCCAUCUGUCUAUCAAGACAUAAACCAGGUGACUUUUGAAGAUGUGACAGAAAUGGGAUCAGACGGAUUCGCGUCGGACAUUGAGUUUGACGAUGACCUGAUGCAAGAUGACGAUGCUCCGCUUACAUCAACAACUGAAACUCUUCACCCUAGACAGGUUUCAUCUUUGAUGAGAGAGGAACAGUUUGGGGAUAGUACCGAGAACCUUGCCAGUACAUCGGCUGAUGUGGAACCUUUGGAAUCUGAUGAUCACAUUUCUGCUGCUGCAGAUGACAUUACCAAGGAUUACGAGAACAGUUUUAAGAGCAUUUCGAACUCUGAAGGACACCCUGGAAAUAGACACUGUCUGGGAGCAAUGACAAUCAGACAGGCAAGGGAAAGAUUUUGUGAUAGUUUUCCUGUCGACAGAACAGCUUACAAAUUGGAUGAUGAAACUUUUUCUUUGGUGUCUAAUGACUCUGAUGUAGCAAAUGUGGAAGAAAUUGUGGAGGCAGUGGCAGUCGAAAGAAUAGAAGCUGAAUGUAAGCCCUCUUUUUCUAGAGGUCCUAGGAUUGUGAAGCCUAUCAAUAGGGACACCAUUAAACAACUUCAAGAGAAAAAGGAGCAAGAGAAGGCUACCUCUGGUCCUGCCGUAGUUCGAAGGAAAGAGUUCUCCCCCUCCAGGCCUGGAGGUAAGCGAACUGGGUCCCCACGACAGUCCAUUUCUCCAAACUCGUCUCCAAUUAAGCAUACUAAAGCUUCUGCCCUACGAGCUUCACAGAAUCAAAGAUCAUCAUCAGAAGGUCCACGACAGGUCAAGAGUUCCUCACCCCAGCGUUCUGUGCGAACAGCGCCGAGUUCGCCAGGUAGGUCGUCACUCGAGAGACUCAGCAUAAGGACUCCGAGGAUCCACACCAGAAGCAUCUCUGCUGUCGAAAGCUGUUCUGCUCCGAAACCAUCCGUCAGACCGAAGAGUCUGGAGCAGGUUGUGACUGGGAGUUCUGUUAGUGCAACAGAACCACCUCCUUUGGUCCGACAGGGCACCUUUACGAAAGACUCUCCCACCGAUUCGGCAGAAGCUGAAAACGUUGCUUCCGACAUACCAAAUGGACGGCGUGCCACAGGUCGGGAGAAAUCCACGGAGCGUGAAAACAAAAGUACUGGUGGCAGUCCGAGACACAAAACGCAGCCCACGAAAAGCGCUUCGGCAUCGAGUGUCCCAGCGGACGCCGGCCGACUGUCUUCCAGCGCCGCCGCCGCUCAUAAGAGGAGAACCAUCCCGCAGUCGCCCAGCUCCCAGAGUCUAGGCGGGGACGAGAAGAAAGGUUCGUACGUGCGGAGCCUAAGCAGCGGAGGGAUCCUGAGGGUGCAGAAGUCUGGCAGUGCGGCCAGCCUGACGUCCCAGUCGAGCUCGGGCAGUGCUGCCGCGCCCUCCAGGAGAGCAGCCGUGCCAAAGAAGGAGGCCAUUCCUAGCAAGAUUGCAUCUCUCUGGAAGAGGAAGGAGAGCUCAAAUCCCGUUGCCAGUGGAGUCGCAAGUGCUGCUAGGGCUGGCGUCAAGGCAGCACCAAAGCUUGACAGAACGAGCCGUCCAGAAGAACAACAGCAGGUAACCGCGAAGCCAAUCCUCUGCAGGAGCUCUACCUACGAGAAACUGACGGACGUCGGAGUAGAGUCCUCAGAGUCCAGGGACACGGUAGCGUCCAAGGUGCCUUCCAGAGCCGGCCACUCGCAGACUGGCAACAGAUCGUCGGUCCCUCCAGCCAGCAGCAAGCCAGCCGUCCGGCCCAGCGGCUUCUGGAAGAAACUGGCGGAACCCCCGACGUCCAGCAAGCCACUGUUUUCCGGCGGAGCGCCACCCAAGCGGGUCUUUGGGUCCGGCCGCAAGGUCUCGGAUGCCUCGUCGCACAGUCCCGUGGUCUCGCCUUCCUUGCUCCCGAGUUGCAAGGAAGGUGGUAGGCCCACCGUGCUGGGGCUCAAGCUGGGCGGUCCGGCGUGCUCGCAGAUACCAGCUCUCCAGAGUCCGAAGAGCCACCUGGCAUUUGCGGCGGCAGCGACGGCAACAACAACACCCGGCGAGUCGAAAGCUUCGUCUCCCGCUUCGGCAGUGGUGUCGCCAUUCAACUACAAGCCGAAAACCCCGACGACACCCGGUGGCACUCGCUCCCUGAUCCCCGGGCCGAUGAAGAUGACCGGCGCUCCGCGGUGCACUGCAGAGCAGGAGCUGCAAGUGAAGUAGACGGCUUGGGUUGUUGUUUUCGUAGGCCUGGGAGGGUUCUGGGCUUCGCAGGUGAGGGUGGCGCAUUGAGUUUGUGUGUGUGUUUUUUGUUUUGUUUUUUUUGGAAGAGAAGGCCCCUGCAUUUGUGGAACUUGGUGCGCGAUGGUGAAGAAGAAUGCUCCAGUUCGGUGCGGGUUUGUUGAGUGCUAUGCUUGUGGGGUGGAUGUCUAAGGACCAAAAGGCCUUUUUUAUUAUUAUUUUGACCCGUGAUACAGAUGUUCUUUUUUUUUUUUACAGAAGCUACAGUGCCUUUUUAAUUGAUUAAUUUGAUUAAGUAUUUUAUGCUCCUGUCUUGUUUAUAACAUUGAUUUUCAAGAACUUGAUUUAAUAUUAAGCAAAUAAAAGUGGGUAUGAUUGUUGGCCUUGUGAUAAUAAAUUGGUGGCAUUUGAAGCAAAGGAAAUACUUCUACAAAUUGCUAGCCUUUUUUUUGUGUGGUUUUAGUGCGUUACCUGAUAAUAGCUUAAAAAUGAAUAAAGAUCAGCAAUUAUAAUUUUAUGGUAAAAACCUAAUUAAAAUAGCUAGAAUAGCUGAAUAAAGUUCCUUUUGUCGUGAAUAUAAAAAAAAACAGCCAAAACACUGUAACCAUUCUUUUGUCACAAUAUUUAUUAUUCAAGUUCGACAGUUCAUUGUAAUAAUUGUUUUUAAAGUGUAUUGUAAAUUCUAAGCUUUUUUUUUCUCUAGGUCUUGAAGUAAGUAAUCAUUUGACACCUUCAUUGCUACGCAGUUUCUGAGAUGAAAUAAUAAUAACAUUGUUCUUUUCUUUUGUUAUAAAUAUUUAUAAUUAGUUUCUUUUGGGUUUAAUCUGAGGAAGACUGAAAUUAUUUUAACAAAUCAGCAGAAAAAAAAAUGUUAUCGAUCUUUUUUUUUAUUUUUGAUUGUGAGAGUUUAAUGUGUGUUCUAGUUUAGUGCCUCAAUUUAUGAACUUGAAAAUGAACUUGGAAUUAAGACUCCAAUCUAGUCAGUCUUUGAAUGGCUUUGUGAUGGAAUUUUCUUGCCUUUUAUUAUUCAGAAAGUGCCUUGGUUGAUGUGUUGAUUUUAGUGUACAUGCCACUUGGCAUUUUACUUUGUUAAAGGCUGUGUUUAAAUACCUAAAGUUUGUAAUUUAAUAUGUUGCAUUAAUUUUUCAAUGCUUGUUUGAAAGAUUCAGAUCAACAGCAGAAGGACCCCAGGCAUUUGGCUACCUUUGUUGGAGAACGGAAAGAAGGAUAUGUUUCGAAGGGCUGCGGAGGUUGGAAGUAUUCUCUUUGCUGCCAGAAUCUAUGACUUAGGUAGUGUUAUAGGUUUUGGCAUGUAUACUGAUAUAUUGUCUGUUUUCCUUGCAUUUCCCGUCAUAUUGUGACUUUUAUCCAUCUUCUCGUCGAAUUCUACCAGCAACAGCAUGGGAACAUCUAAAUUACAUUUAGCAUUAUGCCAUGGCAUUGAUGCAGUCUUUAUGUAUGUAAUAUGCUAUGCCACUGUGGAUAUUUUAGCUUGCAUUGUUCAUAUCAGUUGAGGCUAUGCGUCUGUGUGUACAUAAUUAAGCAAGUUAUUGCUGGUUGCUUGGUCAGCAAUUUUAUGUGAAAAGGAGUAUUUUUUUGUUUUUUCGCCAUACCUUGAAAUUUACUUCCUCUCUGUGCAGCUUCUAAAAUUUUAUGGAGUGCAUCAAACGUGUGAUCUGUGUACUUUUAGUUACAGACAUGCUAUGUCUGUUUACUUACUGUUCGUAUACAUAUGAGUUAUGUUUACAGUCAUGAUCUACAAACGAAAGGCCAUACUUCAGGAAUAAACUUUAGUCACAACAACA